AUGUUUCUGGUCUGUUCGUAUAACACCCAACCUUCAUCAAGAGUUAUCUGUGUCAGGUGUCAGUGUACAAGACCUCGAGACAAGGACAUGACCUUUGCCAGAACAGGGGCUCUGGGCCUGAAGAAUCAGGGCAGUGUGGCAGCCAGAGGAGAGGGGGAGGAGAAAAGGAAGGAUCAGAGCAAGGCAGAGCCUGUGGCAGACUCCUGUUCCAGAAAGAGAGGCAAGAUAUUGGCAACUACAGGAGUGUUGACAAAGCAGAGGAAGAGGCCAAGGGCCACAGCAGCUGUUCCAGCCAAGGAGAAGGCCGCCCAGGUCAACCCAUCCCCGGCCUCUUUCCCACGCCCCACCAGCAAAAGAAGUCAAAGGCUGAAGGCCUCCAACUUCAAGUCUGAGCCCCGGUGGGAUUUUGAGGAAGAAUACAGUUUGGAUGUGGGGGGCCUGCAGACGACCUGCCCCGACUCUGUGAAGAUCAGAGCCUCCAAGUCACCGUGGCUAAAGAAUAUCUUUCUGCCCAAUCUCACUCUCUUCCUGGACGGUGCCCACUUCACCCAGAGCGAGUGGGACCGUCUAGAGCACUUUGCACCGCCCUUUGGCUUCAUGGAGCUCAAUCAGUCCUUGGUCCAGAAGGUCGUGACCCGCUUCCCUCCGGUAUCCCAGCAGCAGCUGCUCCUGGCCAGCCUCCCCUCGGGGAGCUCCAGGUGUAUCACCUGUGCCGUGGUGGGCAACGGGGGCAUCCUGAAUGAUUCGCACGUGGGCCAGGAGAUAGACAGCCAUGACUAUGUUUUCCGACUGAGUGGAGCCGUUAUUAAAGGCUAUGAACAGGAUGUGGGGACCCGGACGUCCUUCUACGGCUUCACUGCCUUCUCCCUGGUCCAGUCAAUCCUCACACUGGGCAGUCGGGGUUUCCAGCAUGUGCCUCUGGGAAAGGAUGUCCGGUACCUACACUUCCUGGAGGGCACUCGGGACUACGAGUGGCUAGAAGCCAUGUUUUUGAACCAGACCAUGGCAAAAACCAAACUUCACUGGUUCAGGCACAGGCCCCAGGAAGCUUUCCGGGAUGCCCUGGACAUGGACAGAUACCUAUUGCUGCACCCAGACUUUAUCCGUUACAUGAAGAACAGGUUUCUGAGGUCCAAGACCCUAAACACUGCCCACUGGAGAAUAUACCGCCCCACCACUGGUGCCCUCUUGCUGCUGACGGCCCUUCAUCUCUGUGACCAGGUGAGUGCCUAUGGCUUCAUCACCCAGGGCCAUGAGCGCUUCUCCGACCACUACUAUGACAAAUCGUGGAAACGGCUGAUCUUUUACAUAAACCAUGACUUCAACUUAGAGAAAACAGUAUGGAAGCGGCUGCAUGAUGAAGGCAUCAUCCGGCUGUACCAGCGUCCCGAGCACCCGAAAGAGAAGAACUGACCAGCUCGGCUUCAGGAGUCUCCUGGAUCAUGCACACCAAAGGGUGUCAGGGUUCCUCAGAUGUCCCCACCCAUCUCCCAGGACCCAAACGGGCUCCAAGCCCUUGGAGAGUCCCAAGGAACAGCUGUUUGGAGACUGAGGGCUGGGAGUCCUCCGGGAAGUCCUUACUAGUUCAAACCACAGACACAGACACCAACAAUUCAUUUCAAGUUGCUUUUCAAAUUCUGUUUUCAAGAUUUUGGGUUCUGGGACCUAAUUGUGGCUCUCAGUAGUUAAGUGAACAAAACAAAAUGAAAUGAAAAACAAACUAGCAAACAAAAUAUCCACAAACAA